AAAUAAGGGUUAAGGAAAAAUGAGAUUUAAAAAUAAAUAAUAAGUCACACUGAGAAAGAACCUAUAUUAAUUUUGUUUUUAUCACAUUUCGGCCACAUUUCUUCAAAAUUUCAGCUUAAUUUAAUGGCAACAGCUGAUGCAAGUUCUUCUGGUUAUAAUCCUUGGAAUGAUGACUUGGAAAUCGACAAUGAAGCCACAGAAAAUCAACGACUUCGACGUUCCACGUCAACCAUAGCCUUACAGACAGAAACAACACUGCGUCGUAAUAAUGAAUCAAUAGUAUUUCUUCAGCCAAGUGAAGACGGCAUUCUGCAUGCACCAAUGGAAGAAGAAUCUGAAAAACCUAUGAGAAACAGGAAAUCCAUCCUGGAAGAACAUGGUCUUUUAAUUGGUAAAAUAAUUGGUUGUGGAAGUUAUGCCAAAGUUAAAGUUGCUUACUCUGAAGAAUUGCAAAAAGAAGUUGCUGUUAAAAUUAUUUCAAAAUUAAAAGCUCCGCCAGAAUAUACCAAGAAAUUCUUGCCUAGAGAAAUUGAUGCAGUGAAAGGCUUACAUCAUGAAAAUCUAAUACAAUUUUAUCAAAGUAUUGAAACGAGUCAUAGAGUUUACUUAGUAAUGCAGAUAGCUGAAAAUGGAACAAUGCUUGAUUAUAUCCGACAAAAAAAGUAUCUUGAUGAGACGAAUGCCCGAAAGCUUUUUCGACAGUUGAUUAGUGUAAUUUCAUAUUGCCAUUCCAAGGGAGUUGUCCAUCGAGAUAUUAAAUGUGAAAAUCUAUUGCUUGAUACAGAAUUCAAUUUGAAAAUAAUUGAUUUUGGAUUCGCCCGAAAGGAUACUCUGGCCAGUGAUAACUCGGUGAUUCUUUCAAAAACAUUCUGUGGUAGUUAUGCUUAUGCAAGUCCGGAAAUCUUAAAAGGAGUUGCUUAUAAUCCAUUUUUAUCAGAUAUCUGGGCAACAGGAGUCGUUUGCUAUGCAAUGGUGUUUGGUCGGCUGCCAUAUGAUGGAUCAAACGUACAUGUCUUGCUUAAGCGAGUAAAUUCCCAUCUUGUGUUUCCUAAGACACCUAAGGCAAGUAACGAAUGCAAGCAAUUAAUAUUUCAUAUACUGGCACCUCUAAAUAUAAGAUAUCGAAUACCCCAAAUACAAGAGGAUCCUUGGUUUAAUGGUGAAAAUUCAAACAAUGCAGUUGAUACAUCUUCUAAGACUAAAUAGAUACAUCCUCAAAAGCUCAUACAUCUGAAAUAAAAAUCAACUUGCUCAGUAUUAAAAGGAAA